CGUUAAAACGAAGUGAAACCGAUACGUUAGCCUGCAGUAGCUCCUUCCACCAAACUGAGAAGUUACUAGAUCCAACCGGCAUCUUCUUUCCAGAGGCUCCGCUCAGACCGAGGAAAACCUCGUGUCUUUAAACCGGCAGAACGACAGUAGAGCUCAGAGUAAUGCUAACGUUAUCUGGGCUAACUGGCAAAAACUGUAGUCGCUUUCAAACCAAACUGCGUGUUCUGAAGAGUAGGAAUCCCCACUGUCAGAUCAACCAGCCGUUUUAAAGUCCAGAAAUGCCUCAGAAACAGAAACCCAAGUCUUGGACAGAACUAAAGCAAGCAGGAAAUGAAUGUUUCAAGACGGGCCAGUAUGGAGACGCCACCAGCCUGUACAGCCAGGCCAUCAGGGAACUAGAGAAGUCCAAUAAGAAGAACCCUGAAGAUUUGGCCAUCCUGUACUCCAACCGAGCCGCCAGCUACCUGAAGGACGGGAACUGUUCAGAAUGUGUCAAAGACUGCGAUACGUCUCUGCAGUUGUUCCCGUUCAACGUGAAGUCUCUGCUCCGACGCGCUGCUGCCUGCGAAGCCUUGGAGCGCUACAGACACGCUUACAUCGACUACAAAACCGCCCUGCAGAUCGACUGCAACAUAGCAGCAGCUCAUGACGGCACCAACAGAAUGACUAAAGCGCUAACAGAGGCCGACGGCCCGUCAUGGAGGGAGAAACUUCCUCCCAUCCCCACCGUUCCUCUGUCGGUGAGGGAGAAGCUCGCCCAGCAGGCUGCAGGCGGCGCGCCGAAGGCGAACCUGGCGCCGCAGCAGAACGGCAUCAAGAAACCAGACAAACCCGCGCCAAGUGACAAAGACAUGAAGAAAGCACAAGCUCUGAAGGAAGAAGGCAACAGUCUGGUGAAGAAAGGGGAGCAUAAGAAGGCCAUAGAGAAGUACAGCCAGAGCCUGAAACUCAACCCCAACGAGAUCACGACCUACACCAACCGGGCGCUGUGCUACCUGUCGGUGAAGCAGUACAGAGACGCCGUCAGGGACUGCAGCGAGGCGCUCAGGAUGGACGGCGGCAGCGUGAAGGCGCUCUACCGGAGGGCGCAGGCUCACAAGGAGCUCAAGGACCUGAAGGCCUGUGUGGACGACCUGAACCUCCUCCUGAAGGUGGAGCCAAAGAACACGGCCGCUCUGAAGCUGCUGCAGGAGGCGCAGAAGAAGAAGUGAGACGGCAUCCGGACCGGCGCCGGGAUCCGGUCGUCUGACCCGUCUACUCCCGCCAGAAUAAACCCGGGUUUGAAUUGGAACGCUUCAGUUUGACCCGACCGAUCUCCAGCUGUUCAUAGUUUGAUUGUAACAGUCAGUCUCUCUGAUUCAGUAUUUAUGUUUAUUUAUAUCAGCUGCAGUUAUUCCCUCACUUUUCCUGUAUGUUUAUCAUUUCUAACCAUAAAGUUCAGCCAUGAGCUCAAAGAGGGAAUAUUCAUCUACCAUCCACUGCAGAGACGAAACAUCUUUUUAUUUAGCAGCUAAUGAGCAAAAAGUUUUUCCAUUUGUUUUUAGUCAGUUUAUUCCACUGAAUGAAUUCCCAAACCUGUUAAUAAAAGACUCCAAAAGCUCAGUUCUGGUACCAGACGGCAUGAAACCGGUUCCUUUGGGUGUUUCACUGUUUCUGUUGGUGAGUGGAUCAGACACGAUGAGUCAGCAGAAAUUAUGGACCCAGAUGUAAAUGAGCCAACGGUAAAGCAGAUCAGACAUAAAAGCUCCAUUAAUUGUAUUUUUUUCAGAUCAGGGAUCACUGAUCAGCUGUGGAUCUGAUCUGAAGUUGUUUCUCUGUCUGUCUGGGAUGUUUCCUCUGACCCUGAAAGGAAACAGUGAAAAUACGCCACAUGAUUUCAUACCUUAUGCAUUUAUGCCUCUUACAUUAUGAGUAACUUUUCAGACACUCCAGUUAAUAUUCAGCAGGAGGAAACGAACUCAGACGCUGUUCUUGGGAGUGCACUGACUUCACUUUUCUAGACGAUCACCGAUUUUGAAAAGUCUGAGUUGCAGAUUCCGAUUUUGGCUGAUAUCGAUUUUGUUUUCUAAAUAUAUCAACAUAGUUGCUAAGUUGGCAGCAGUGUGCUGACUGUUGUUAACAGCGGCAUGCAGACGUGACCCGGUGUCAGCAGAGCUAAAGGCGACGGCGGCUGAUUUCCAGACCUGUGCUGAGGUAAAAUGUCGGUGGAUCAAAUUGAUUUGUCAUGUAUCGGCUGACUCAGAAAAUCUGUGCCGAUUUGUCGGUUUAUUCCUGAGGUUUCCUGAAUUAGCACAUGAAGUCAGUUUUAUCUGCUUCAGAAUAAAAAACAAUCUUGAUGAAACUGAUUGACCUCAAAAUAAGGAAAAUCCCCCAGACUGAAGCAUCUGCUGAGGAUUGAAAUAUUGUAAAAAGUAUUUCACAGCUGCAGAAAGCUGCCAGGUUUAAAGAUGAAACCAGUAAACAGGAUUUCCCUGAACCCCAAAGAUAAAUAUAGAUUUUAAACUAUAAAGUUUUAGGAGAAAACGGGAAAGAAAACGAAUCACCUUGACUGGAGAAGCGAUUCCUGAGUAUCAGAUCUAUAAGAAUAAAAUAAAAAAUAAGGCAGAUGGGCUGUGAUGAUGAUGAUGAUGAUGAUGAUGAUGAUGAAGCUUCAUGAUCUUUUUCAUGUUUUGCUCUGAGGUUAUUUUAUUUUAUUUCUUUUGGUCUCCAGUUUCUGUUUGACCGCUUAUCACGGGAGGAUGUUGAUCUUUCAACAUUUAAGUUCAAGAAGUUCCUCCUUUAUUUCAAUUUUGUUUUUGUAAUGUUUGAUAAAACUUUGUUCUAAACUAUAUUACUAUAUCAACACAUUUGUUUGCUUGUGUAAGAUCGCUUCAUUUCUCCUCUGAAGGAUCGGGACGUUUAAAACUCUCUUCCCGCCAUUUUGUUUUUUCACUGCGAUGUGAACAUUAGGAAUGUUUUCCUUUCCAUCCAUCUUGCCUGAAGUGCCUGCCUUUGUCGUUCAUCUGCUGCUUUGGAUUAGUGUAUGCAAAAUAAAAAUAAUUUUAAAAGAUAA